CAAGCAACGCAGCUACUAAGAGAUUUCCCAUACCUUCCUAUAUUACCAACUAUCCAAACCAUCACCAUGCGUUUCUCCCUUCUCGCCAUCCCCUUUGCCGCUCAGGCUUUCGUCGCGGCGUUGACGACCCCUGAGCAGCCCGGCAAUCUCGCCGAGCGAGACGUCGCCUCAGGAGAUCUCGAGUCCCGAGACAGCGGGUUCCAGAUCAACUACUACACGGACGGCGGCUGCACCGCCUACCUCGUGUCCAUCUUCCCGUCGACGGACGGCAGCUGCUACGACUACUCGUACACCGGGGACAACAGCGCCAACAUCGCCAACUGCGACGCCUCGGGGGGCUCGACUUGCCACUGCACCUUCUACGCCCAGUCCGGGUGCCAGGGUGCUGCGCAGAGCAUUGCGUACAACAGCGGCAACUGUGCGUCGAACUACGGCCAUGGCUUCCUCUCCAUGAAGUGCUCCUACUAGGAGUUGAGAUGGCG